CCAACACAGAGGUGCCUAGAAGACGGGACAGACCUACACUGCACGAUUCAAACAUGAAGUUCCUUGUGGUUCUUGCUCUUAUUUCUGUCUGCAAUGCCAACGUGUUGUGGCAUGAGCAGCCCAAGACCAAUGUGGACUUGGUGAAAGAUGCUUUUUGGGACUACGUUGCCAAGGCGACGCAGAUGGCUGAAGACUCACUGAAACAGAUCCAGGCCUCUGAGCUGGGACAGGAAGUCAACACUAAGCUCUCCCAAAGCGCAGACACUGUUAACCAGUACGUCGUCGCAUUAAAGAGCCAGGCUGGCCCUCUGUCCCAGGACCUGCUCAGCCAGAUCACACAGCAGGCCGAAACUCUGAAGUCCCGCCUGGAGUCCGAACUGUCUGCUGUCAACACCAACGUCCAACCCUACGCUGAGAAGCUCGUGUCUGACCUCCAGACCAAGAUGGACGAACUGAAGAGGGAUAUUGCCCCCCUUGCUGAAGCCAUGGACCCCGAGACCCUGAAAGCUGUCCUUAUGCAGAAAAGCCAGGAUUUGAAGACCACCCUGCAGGCUCAGAUGGAACCCUACGCUGAGGAGAUGAAGCAGAAGAUGGAGCAGAGCAUUGAAGACUUCCAGACCAGUUUGAUGCCACUAGCGCAGAGUUUCGAAGCACAGGUGAACCAAAAAGUCCAAGAGGUGCAGCAGACUCUGGCCCCAUACGGAGAGGAGCUUAAGGCUAAACUAGAGGCCAAUGCUCAAGAUGUGAAAGCCCAGAUCACAGCCCUGUGGGAGGCAUUCACCCAGAAGACCAGCCAGUAAAAACCCAACAACCACCACUCUCCUGCUCCAGUCAUUACCUGCUGCUAUUUAUUUCACCUGUCUCAGAGUAUUUAAGUAAUAAAAUAAUGCCACUGUGAA